GAAAGUCAAGUACUGUGACGAGAAUCACGGAGGUAGAAUGUUGGUGUCUUCAACUAAUUCUGCAACCACUGGAAAAUUGGUUGAAGCCCAACAGUUGGUCUCAGAGACCAGACACUCACGUGGCGGUUGCCUGGUUGGGACCAAUACAAAGCAGCAUUUCAUUCAUGUCGUUAAUGAAUUGCUCUUUGAUGUUGAACUAAUACGUGCCAUGUUCAAAGCUACAGUCACAAUCAUGUCCAGUUCAGCAAAUCACUUCCGUUUCCUGUUUGUUUUAGCCAUUCUCGGUGCCCUUGCAAACUCCCAAAGUGAUAAACCCAAUCACAGGGUGCAGUCCAACAAAGAGAUUGCUAUGUUUGUGUUUGGAGAUUCUCUUUGUGAUCCUGGGAAUAACGACUAUGUCCCUUCCUCUCAGGCCAGGGUGAAUUUUCCAUCAUAUGGGGAGACAUUUUUCCAUUAUCCAACUGGAAGAGAUUCCGUUUAUGCAGGUUUACCAUAUUGGAGAGCUUGCUUAGACCCUGAUAAUCACAAUUUUACUGGUGGAGCAAACUUCGCUAGUGCUGGAGCCUGCGCUCUAAUUGAAACCAACGAUAAUUCGUUAAUUUUUGUUUCUUUAUCCAAACUUAGCCGCCUAGUCUUCUUCUUUCUUCCCUGGGAUUUGUGAUUAGGACGGUGUUAAGUAAAAUUUAGGUUAAAAUCUCAAUUUGUUCUCUUAACUUUGGUAAAAAGUUCUUUUUAGUCUCUUAUUUAAAAGAAUUCAUUUUUUACCAUUAAAGUUUGAAAUCUAAC